AUGGCCCCACAGCCCGACGGUCCCUACGGCCCCACAACCUCACGGUCUCUGCCACCCCACAGCCCCACGGUCCCUACGACUCCACAGCCCCACGGUCCCUACGGCCCCACGGUCCCUACGACUCCACAGCCCCACGGUCCCUACGACUCCACAGCUCCACGGUCCCUACAGCCCCACGGUCCCUACGGCCCCACUGCCCGACGGUCCCUACGGCCCCACAACCUCACGGUCCCUACGACCCCACAGCCCCACGAUCCCUACGGCCCCACAACCUCACGGUCUCUGCCACCAUACAGCCCCACGGUUCCUACGACCUUAAUGCCCCCACAGCCCACAGCCCGAUGGUCCCUACGGCCCCACAGCCCUACUGUUCCUACGACCCCUAAGCCCCACAUCCCCUAG